UGUUUGGCCCGUGACGUCGCAUGUACACGUAGCCUAGUAGGAUGUGCUCAGAUGGUGGCGGUGGCGGUGUGUCAGACUCACUGUCCUGCACAUUUGUAAACAUUUUAUGGUUUUUGGACGUUUCGGACGUCGGCUUCGCCUGACUUCAGUCUCUUCAGUAACAUCUACUAGAGCGACCUGGUCCUCGGACCUGUAAGCUCUGCAGCCAUGCAGCGUCCUCCUGCGACCGGACCUCCAGGAGCCUCGGGCCCACCUCCGCCCGGGCCCGAUAUGUACCGCAGGACCAGGCCUCACAAGCAUGCGACGGCAGCAGCAGCCACUGCACAACCCAUCACAAACCCUUUUGCUUUUGUUAGAGCGCCUCCCCCUAUGGCUGCAGGUCCGUCUUUGGCUGCAGGUCCGUCUUUGGCUGCAGGUGGUCUCCCAACAGUACCCAACAGCAAUCCCCCACCAAUGCAAGCCCCACCUAACACCAUGUACUCUCAGGCCAGCUCAGGGCUGCCUCCACAACUGCAGACGCGGGGGGAUGUCCCAGCUCCUCAUUCUGGUCCGCCACCCUCCUCUCUACCAGGGGUGACGCUGUUCAACCCUCACAGUGCAGCAUCCCCCGGUGUCUACCCAGCACCCAGUCCUGUAGGAUAUGCAUCGUCGCAUACUGAACAGGGUUAUUUUAAUUCAACAGAACAGACGCCAUCUAUGACCACAGAGCCGCCGUCUUUGGCCCCAGUACCGGGCCAGACCCCUUUCAACCAGGAAUUUCAACGACAGCCUGCUCCUCAGCCCAUGAUGUUCCAGCCCGUUCCCCCCACCACCUCCUAUUCUCAGUGGCCCCCUGAUCAUGGAAGUCGCCCUCCGUCUGUUCAGAAUUAUUUCCAGCCUACUAGUGACCCUCCGCCACAGGCUUUCAAUUUACCCCCACAGACCCAGAUGUACCCCUCCCACACCCCAUCGCCCCAUCACAACACCCCCACCCCUCCAACACACGCCGGACGUCCCCAGGUUCAAGCUCCUCUUCCUCCCCAAAACCCUGUAAAUCCCCCAAGUUCACAGUGGCCCGACCCAAAUGCACCUCAGCAGCAUAAUUCCCACUUCCAAAAUCCAAGCUAUUUCAGUCAGACAUCUGCCCCCCAGGACUCAUGGUUCAAUACACCUCCACUGGACUCAGGCUACCACCAAAUGGGGACCGGCCCAGCGCAUGCUCACCCCCGGCCUUACUCUGUUGGAUCGCAACAAGCGUCCAACACUGGGCCUGGACCUAGUUCUGCCCCUGCCCCAGUCCAAGUCCCGUACUCUCAGGAGUCUGGUUCACUCUCAAUGUUCUUCAAAGACAAUGAUGUGGAAAACGAGGAAACACUGGCCGGAGACCGAAACAAGGCAGUCAACGGUCUCCCGGGAUCCUUUCAGCCUCAGAGCAACCCACAAGCCCAUAGUGGCCAAGCAGAUGUUCCUUUGGAUUAUCAAGGACCUCCUCCAGCAGAUAAUUCCCACCUACCGUACAUGAGUGAUGGCAACCCUCAGGCAAGCACCCAUAUGUCUCCUGAUCCCCAUUACGACCAUGUGGAGAAUUUGGAGUGUGUGCCGAACCAGGAAGUAUUACCCAGUGAUAUCCAUGGCAUCCCUGCUGCUGCUGGUGCUGCUCCUGGUGCAGCGCAUGUCGACCAGUAUGAAACCGGCCCUAACCUGGAGACUCCUGAUUCCAUCCAAAGACCGAUUAGAUCUGCCAGCGUGUCCUCCAACUAUAGCAAUAUGAGCCAUGGAAGUGGAAGCGGCACCCGAAGACAGCAGGGAGUAGUCGGUACCUUUAUUCAGCAGGAAAGCCUGCGUCUCACCGAUGAUGCCAACCUCUCUGCUGCCACUGGAGGCUACUUUGAGCAGAUCGACACUUCUCCAGCUGUUGAUGUGGGCGUGCCACACAGCUCCCUGGAGCAGAUGUGGCCCACCACACCUAGCCCCCCCAAACCAACUGGUAUCUUUCAGGCCAGUGCAAACAGCUCCUUUGAACCUGUACGCUCCCAUGGGGUUGGGGUGCGUCCGGCCGAAGUUGAUACGGCCAACGUGGUCGCAGAAAUGGGUGCCGAUGCUAUCCCCGGCAAUCUGGAGCAGCCGCCGGAUAACAUGGAAAAUAUUUAUGGCUCAGCAGGGGGUGUUCCUAAUCUGCCACACCCAGUGGUUCACUCUCUCUCUCGACCUUCAUCCCGUGCUUUUGGGGGCAGUCGGCCCUGCGAGAGCCCCGCCACGACCCUGUGGGCUCAGCAUGAUCCCGGCAGCCUGGCCGCCAGCAUCGUCCUGGCCCCCGCAGCCCCAACAGUACUCGCCCCUUUACGGGAGCCCAGUACCGAUGUCAUCCAACCUCCAGAGGAUGGCCCGCUGGACCUGCAACCCUCUCAGAGAAUCCAGCCAUCUUCACAGCAGCACUCGGAGAACCUAGAGAACCCACCAGAGGUGAGUGAGGCAGAGCCGACCGACCCUCAAGGCAUCCUGGGCUACGCUUCUCUCCUUGUGUCCGACUCGCUCGAUCAGCCGGUAUUGAUUGCCCCGCCGGUGUCCAAUUACAGUGUGAUCUCCCCCAGUACCCCUGCUCAAGCAUCCAGUCAAAGUAGCCCAAGGGAAACAACCCCCCCUGUAAGAAUUGUCCCACAGGAACAACCUCCAAUGACCUCCAAUCACAAUCCAUUGUUUGCCCCUGGAUUUAUGAGCUUCAAUUCUUCUGCAUCUAACCAGAGUCCGCUCAAUCUGACUCGAGACAACACACAAGCAGCAACACAAGACAACACAACUCCGCCGGUCCGCCCUCCUCUCUCAAGGGGCCAAUCGCUGGCUGGAGACGGCCCCUCUUCUCCCCAAGUUAAUCCACAGGCUUCUCCCGCAACUGCUCCUGUCUCUAAUCAUAAUCAGCCGUCAAAUUAUGAACUGCUUGAUUUUUCUAUGCACCAAUCACAAGCCCAGAACCCAACGUCUGGCCAUCCUUUGUCUCUACACGAGUCACCGCAGUCUAGUAAUGGAUUUUACCUACAGGUCACCAAAGAUGCUCAGCAGGGGGUAAGAGCACAAGGGAAUGUCCCUGUCCAGAUGCCGGCCUCUUCAUCUACCCCACAGGUACCACCAGCACCCUCCCAAGCAGCUGCAAACAGCCAACCCCCACCGGCCGAACAUCCCAGGACAUCCGACCCUCGGGCGGCGCCGCAGGGACAGAAUGAUGCUCCUCCUGUUUCAGGGAGUGGAGGACAACCCUCUAGGGACCAGUAUCCACCUCCAGCACAGGGGCCUCCCACAGGGAGGGCUCCCCCAUCCGCUGUUGCUGCUGCUGCUGCAUACCCCCCAUGGCCUGCAGGACCAGUACCUCCAGGAGCUUCCCACCCAGCUGCCGCAGAACCACCUCGACCGCCUUCCUCUGCAGGCAGCCAGCAAGGCUAUGGACCCCCUCCUCCAGUGCCAGGGCAGAUGUAUGGUGGCUAUUAUGGUAAUUAUGGAGAAUACCCGGAUAGCAGGGCACCAUAUCCACCUGGCCAGUACCCACCUCCGCCUGGCCAGUACCCACCUCCGCCUGGCCCGUAUCCACCUCCGCCUGGGGAUCCUAGAGCACAGCAAUAUUAUCAAGAGGGUCCAUACAGGGGCAGAGUAGAUCCUUGGUACGGCCGAUAUGAGGGGCAGAUCCCACAGGCUCGCGAUCCAAACUACCAGUACAGAGAGCCCCAGCCUGAGCGCCCCAGCUCCAGAGCCAGUCAGUACUCUGACAGGCCCUCAUCCAGGCAAGGAUAUCCUGAAGAUUACCAGAGAGCCAACCCAAGUGCCUACAGUGAAUAUUAUGCAGAUUACGCCAAACACUAUGAAUACGGAGGCUACAACUACGGACAGUAUGACCCCCGGUACAGAGAAUACUAUGAUCCCGCCUACUGGGCGAAUUAUGGUGACAGCUACAAAGCCAGAGACAAUUUGUACAAUCAACAGGCUUAUCCUGCCAGGAAAGAGGGCUACGAGGAUCAGUGGCAGUACUACCCCGGCUAUGAUGCCAGCUUCGAUGAUGACUACCGGCGACGCAGAGAGCCGUACGCCGAUGACUUUGACCGGCGCAGCGUCCACAGCGAGCAGUCGGCGCACAGUGUGCACAGCUCUCAGAGCCACCACAGCAGGCGGAGCAGCUUCAGCUCGCGAUCACAACAGAGCCAGGUGUACACAAGCCAGCCUGACUUGGUGUCAGCAGUCUAUGACACCACAUCAUCCACGCUGGCUGUGGACUACUCCUAUGCACAGUACCCCAACCAGCCUGAUGCCACCCAGAACUACAGCCAGUACCUGUAUCCCUCAGAGUACACGGCAGACAGCACCUGGAUCGCCCCCGAUCAGCCUCCUCCACGUCCUGCAACUCCAGAGAAGUUCACGAUGCCCCACCGUUGUGCCCGCUUUGGACCUGGGGGUCAUCUGGUUCAAGUUCUGCCCAACCUCCCCUCAGCUGGACAGCCUGCUCUCGUUGAUAUCCACAAUUUGGAGACCAUCCUGCAAGAUACCCCGGAUCAGGCUGAGCUCCGAUCUUUCCCUGGACCGCUUGUUAAGGAGGAGACCCACAAGGUGGACGUGAUCAAGUUCUCCCAGAACAAAGCGCUGGAGUGUUCCCGUGACAACAACCUCUUGGACAGGGACUCUGCCCGCCUGCUCUGGGAAUUCAUCGUGCUGCUCUGCAGGCAGAACGGGACCGUGGUCGGCACGGACAUCGCCGACCUGCUGCUCAAGGAGCACCGCUCAGUGUGGCUGCCGGGCAAAAGUCCAAACGAAGCCAACUUGAUUGAUUUCAACAACGAACCGCUGGCACGAGCCGAGGAGGGCCCAGGAGCCGGGCCGCUAUCCCUCCUAUCCGACACCUUCAUGACCGUCCCAGAGAACCUUGGCAAGGAAACCGAACGCUUCCGGGAGCUGCUGCUGUUUGGCCGCAAGAAGGACGCCCUAGAGGCGGCUAUGAAGGGGGGUCUCUGGGGCCACGCCCUGCUGUUGGCCAGUAAGAUGGACAACCGGACCCAUGCACGUGUCAUGACAAGGUUUGCCAACAGUUUGCCCAUCAAUGACCCUCUUCAGACAGUGUACCAGCUCAUGUCUGGGAGGAUGCCUGCAUCAGCCACCUGCUGCGGGGAGGAGAAGUGGGGGGACUGGCGCCCCCACCUGGCCAUGGUGCUGUCCAACCUCACACACACGCUGGACCUGGACACUCGCACCAUCACCACUAUGGGGGACACCCUCGUAUCCAAGGGGCUGGUUGACGCCGCUCACUUCUGCUACUUGAUGGCCCAGGUCGGUCUGGGAGUCUUCACGAAGAAGAGCACCAAGAUGGUUCUGAUCGGCUCCAACCACAGUUUGUCCUUUCACCAAUGUGCGACCAAUGAAGCUAUCCAGAGGACUGAGGCCUACGAGUAUGCUCAGUCUCUGGGCUCGCAGUCGUGCUCACUACCCAAUUUCCAGGUGUUCAAGUUGAUCUAUGCAUGCCGUCUGGCCGAAGCGGGUCUGAGCGCUCAGGCCUUCCACUACUGUGAAGUCAUUUCACGGAAUGUCCUCAUGCAGCCUUCCUAUUACUCUCCUGUUUUCAUAAGCCAAAUUAUACAGAUGUCGGAAAAGCUGCGAUUCUUUGAUCCACAACUGAAGGAGAAGCCGGAGCAGGAGUUGUUCAAUGAGCCGGAAUGGCUGAUCCACCUCAGGCAGCUGGAUGGACAGAUGAGGACGGGAGUGAUCACAUACAACGAAGACCGAGCAACUCCUACACAGUUCGACUGCAGCAGCCCCAGCUCCGACCUGGACCAGCUGAGUCCAGCGGAACCGUACAGCGUGCCUCAUGCUAAUCAUGAGGUAGACGGCCCCGCCCCCGACAACCAACUGAUGAGCUCUUUACUGCCCGGGGCUCAACCGCAGGGAGUUCAGCUGAUGCCCCCAGCUCCCACCUCUAUCCUCCAAGACGGGAUGGCACCUCCUCAGCCCUUGCCCACCGGUGAGGUCCCCCAGUUCUACCCAGUACCCCCCAGUGGACCCCCAGGCCACAUGGCCCUCUCGGGCUACCCUCCACAGGACCCUGGCUUUGCCCCGCCUCCCUUUCAACCCCAACCGGAGCAGACCGAGAUGUACCCAGGAGCCCAUCAGCAGCCUCUUCAUGCGGGCCACACGUCUCCGUAUGCGCACCCCGCUCAGCUGCCGCAUUCACCAGUACAGAUGAACCCCCCGCCGCCCCAGAUGCACCAUCACAUGCCCAAUCACGUGAACCAACACAUGCCCCCUUCCCCCGGGCACAUGGCGCCUGCACAGCAGAUGUCCCACCCCCCGCCGGAGAUGCACGCUGCUCAGGCCGUAUCCUCCUCCCCACGCAGGAGCUCCUUCACACCACAGAUGGACUUCUAUGACCACAUGGCUCACGUUCAGGCCCCCGGCAGGAGGUCACGGACAACGUCACAGUCUUCGAUGCAUAUGGCUUCGGGGCGCCGCUCUCGCACCACCUCAGAAUCUUCUACUCACUCGGGCGGCAGGGAGCGGAGCAACUCGGCCGUCAAGCAGGCCUCUCCGCCUCCGCCCUCGAUCCCCGAACAGCCGCGCGCAGAAGAGUCCAAGAGAGUCAAGAAAGACUCCCCGAAAAAGGGUGGUGGUAGGGGUGGAGGAGGAGGAGGAGGUGGUGGUGGUUGGCUAAACUGGCUCUAUAGGAAGGGAAAGAACGAGGCUCACUUGCCCGAUGACAAAAACAAAUCUAUUGUCUGGGAUGAAAAUAAGCAGAAAUGGGUGGACUUGAACGAGCCUGAAGAGGAGAGCAAGCCCCUUCCACCUCCUCCCCCCGGCUUUCCCAAGAUGCCACACAUGCCUGGUCCCGGAGGACCUGGCGGACCUCCGAGUGGUGGCCCUCCUGUCAACAUGUUCUCCAGGAGAGCGGGCACAAAGAGCCGGUAUGUGGACGUUCUGAACCCCGGCAGGAUUGCUAAGCCGGGCGGAACGGCGCCUCCUCCUGCGGAGAUCUUCGCCCCUUUGGCGCCAAUGUCCAUGCCCGCUAACUUGUUUGUGCCUAGUUCGGCUCCUGGCGAUCAACAACCUCUGGAAGGCAGCGAAGGAGCAAAUCAGGAGCAGAAUUCACCGAACGCCAUCGCUGCUACACAGAUGUUCAACCCAACGUUGUUACCGCCCGCCCCAGAAGGUCCUGCCAUGCCUGAUGGUUCACGAUCCGGGGAGCUCUCGCGUUCUAGCUCAAUGAGUUCUUUAUCACGAGAAGUGAGUCAGCAUUUAAACCAGAGUCCCGCCCAGGAAACGGCACCCGCUGGAGGCGUCACCUUUUAUAACCCUGCAGCACAGUUUGCACAGCCAUCGGGAGGCGGAGCCCGCUCUGGGCGUUUGGGGGGUCCGCGGCAGUACCCGGUGUUGAAAUAAACAUGGUCUUACAAAGAGGUUGUGUGAACAGACUUGUGAAGUGAAUGAAGCACAUGGACACGCUGCUCUGUGCCUGGACCUGUUUUUGUUUUUACCCGCCCUUAAGAAUCAUGUAGAUCUUUGUCCCACCACUUAACCACUGUCCUCGAUUUCUCUGGCUCGGUAAUUGUCACUGGUGUAUUUUUAACAGGCAUCAGCAUCUUUCUGAAGGGCUUUUUUUCUAGCAUCCAAACUGAAAACAGACAGUUUUGGUGUGUUUUCUCACACACACACAUUUCAAAUCUAAAACAUGGAUGCAUUCAUACACAUUAUGUUUGUUCAUGUAUAAUAAAUUGUUUCUCUUCAAAUCUAACACUGUUAACAAAACAAUCCUGAAUACUGCUUCCCCUCUGUUUCCCUCUGUGUAUAAAGUCCAAAUGUCCCCGUUUGAUCCAUCCAUUGAUUGAUUGAUUGUGUGAUGAGCGGAAAGCGGCAACUUUCAGUUCCACGUUAUGGAUGCACGUAUGUGCACCUGCAGCUUUUCAGUGUCACCUGGAGACGAGAUGUCGUGUGAGUGAGUUGUGUCCAUAGUGCAUUGUCUGCUUUCCAAACAGUCGCCCCUCCUGUAAAGGAAAGAUGCGUUCGAUGAAACGGGAAGGACGCUCGAAGCCGCCGUCACAACCGCAUAGUUGAAGACGGUCUCGCAGUGCUCGGAUGCUGCUCGUUUCAGAUAUUUAUUUCACGGUCCUCCUGCCCAUCGACAACUCUUGACUUUUUAAAGUUGUUUCAGCUUCUCCUUAAGAGAAACGCGCGCCGAUCACUGAAGCGAGUGGAGGUUUUCAGAACAGCAGGAAUUGGGAUUCAAACUGUUUUAAAUGUUGCUAAAAAGAAAUCUAUCCAAAUAUUUGUAUAUCAGAUUGAUUGUAUUUAUGAGCUGUAGGCAGCGUAGAUGUAUGUGAGUGUGUGUAUGUGUGGAGAGCAACUAUUUUUUUUCUGAUAGCUUUGAAGAAAUGCAGUUCUGACUCCCCAGUGAUGACGUGGAUGGAUUUACUGAUCAUUUGUAUUGGCCAGACAAAUAAAUCUUUAUCUAAAUUGAGUGUUAAUUGUG